GAUCAAGGCGAUACGUUGGCGAGUGUUGUGCGUGGAUUCUUAGCAAUCAAACGAAGGCAGUCUCCAACUCGUUUGCCAACCACAUCAACUUGUUUCAAUUUACUGAAACUACCGAAUUACUCACGGAAAUCAAUUUUACUAGAAAAAGUUAAAUCUGAUAAUCAACAUUCAAUUAUGUCGCCGAAUCGAUGUGUAAAGAAGAGCACCGGUAGUGAGAAUGCGAAAGGUGCGUUAAGGAGUGACGACCAAAGUGGUAGGAAGAAGAGCAAUCGAUCAGGAUCCUCAUCGCCCAGACAUCGAGCAUCUAUGCGGACAGCAUUGUAUACGUGUAUUACCGCGCGACAACUUCAAAUUAUUCUGCAAUUGGGCGAUGAACUUGCGAAGCGAGAUGCGGAAAGUAGUGACGGUAAAGAAGAGUCGAAUGCCAAUAUUGACUCGUUGAUUGGUAAUUUGUCAAGGAAUAAAACGAAUAAACGUGUCAAAAGUUCUUCAAGCAGUCGACCACGUCCUCGUAAAAAACAUGCGGACGGUUCUCUGGGACGCACCACUGAUCAGAAUACCGCAGAAUUUGAAUUCAGCAAAAUAAGUAUUGGUUCUUUUACGGUGGAUGGUGAUCGCGGAGAGUCACGUGGCGUUGUACGUUUCUGUUUCUCGAGCCAGACAAUGAUUUACGCAUUCUACUAUGAACUAGACGAUCAGUGCUAUAGAGUGGCGUAUUCAAUGCAAUUCGAUGACAUCUUGAGGAAUGUACCAAAACAAUUGUAUUGCACUCCACAAGGCAUUCCGGAUGAUGACGGUGAUGCGAUUAUUGAUGUGGAGAAAAUUGAUUGUGAUGUGUCGCGUGGACAGAUGCAUUCGAAUUUAUUGCAUACGAUUCACUUGAAAAGAGCUAAUACAAAGGCAUGGGAGGAAGCGUUACUGGCUGGUAAUCGCACCUUUUUCGAAUCGAUCAUAAAUCGCAAAACGGCCACUUCGGGGACUGCGUCCUCUGAGGUGUGUGCUGCUGUUGAUUCAGAGGAAUCUCGUUCGAAAAUGAGUUUCAAUCAGCGAUCGGGGGUCUACGAGCACGCCGCCUCAUCGUUCUACCAUCCAUCGUCACCGUCCUAUUAUCUAACACCUAACGAUCAUCCUUUAUCGUCACCUUCCAAUAUUCAACAAUUCACACCAGUUUACGAAUCGAAUUUGAGUCAAGCUCAUUCUUCACUGCACCCAUUCACUCCUCCGAACGCCAUCAACGAUUCACCCUCUUUUCAAGAGGUGAUUGUAAGUAACAGUAAUGAUGGUAUGGUCAAUAAUGACUACAUGAAUGUAAUACCUAAUCAUUCAUAUAGUCAAGUGCAAGUGACGAAUUCACUGAAUGCACCAGUGUUUGUGACGUACUACAACAAUGCAAUGAGCAGUCAGGCACAACAACCUCUGCCAUCGUUCGAGUCACUCACGUCCAACAUCAUAAUGACUCCAGUUGGUCAGCAGCAUCCAUCAACACAAAGUUCUGCAUUCAUUCAACCAUUUAACAAUAAUUACCAGCAAAACAUCAGCACCACCCCUCUGCUGCAAAUUGGUGAAAAAGAAGUGAUGAACAAUGUUGCGAAUACAAAUCAUACCAAUAUGGACAGCACUGAUAAUAUUACUAAUCCUUAUGGAUAUAGUUAUUAUCAGUUGAAGCCUUUGAACAAUCCAGCGAAGCAUCAAAUGAAUGUACCUUUUGAGACAAUACCAACCACACUAAUGACAACAACAGACUACUCGAAAGGUGAAGUGGAUGGCAAUUUAGCACAAAAGUCAUCGGAAUUGACGCGUUUGAAGAAUGCUCUCGAAGGUGCGGAGAAUAUCUUGGCGAAUAAAGAGAAAAUACUCGAAACGUUCGAUAAACAAAAGCAAUUAACAACGCUGAAUAAUGUUAAUAUGGAAGAGGUUUAUGCGAAUGAUUCUCAUCACUGCACAAAUAAUACUCAGAAUGAGACAUCGAAAGAAAGUGAUGCAACGUCAAAAUUAGAAACGCCAAAAUCGAAAGAUUCAUUCUAUUGGUUGGAUGAUCUCGAUAUGAAUGCGUUGGCCGCUACUACUUCCAGUAAUAACAACGUCAGUGAUUCGAGCCAACCUCACGACCAACUCGAAAAAUUAACGAUACUUUGA